UUUGAAACACUAUCGGAAACUUUCUACGUCUUCAAUGUAUAAGACGAUUUCUUAUACACGGAUGCCAUCGAAAAUCAUCAAAGAAUUAGAUAUUAUUUUGAAGGUAAAAUAUGAGCAAAGUAACAAAAUAUACGGAUAUAACUUCUAAAACAAUUGAAAGAAAAAAUAAGAAGCGAAGUUUUAAAAGUUUUGUGAAAAAUUUAUGGAAGAAUUAUACUAAAGGUGCAAUCGAUUAUUCUAAUUCUUCUCAUUCUAUAAAGACAAACAAGAGAAAAUAUAGCAUUUCCAGUAAUAGUUUCUAUGAAAGUUUUAACUAUAAUAAAAACAAUUAUAUUCAUGAAAAUAUAAAUCUCCAAAGACUGCAAAAUUUAAACAAAGAUGAUCUUGGAAGAAAAAGAUAUUUAGUAGAACAAUUAAGUUCAAUAUCUGUCCAAAGCAUAAAUAAAUUAGGUCUUGAUAAAGAGUAUAUAAUGCAAAAAUUUCUGAAAAAUCAUUCAAAUAUCUAUUCAGAGUUAAACACUUUUUCAAUCUCCAAUAAAAUCAAUAAUAACGAAAUCAAUGAACUAUUUUACUUUAAAAAUUAUCAAAAUAUCAUUCCUAGUUUUGAUCAGAAAAAAGAUGUGAAGCAAGCCUUACAAGAAAUAUUACAACAUGAAUCUAUACAAUUAGUCUCUAAAAAUCAAAUACGUCGAAAAUUAAUUAAUGACUUAAUAGAAAUUUUGAAAAAACUUUUCUUGGAGACAGACAAAAGUUAUAAUGAAAGAGAUAAAAUAGAAGAAGGGAUAUUAUUUAAAAACAUUAAAGAUUAUGACGGAGAUGCUACAACAUCAAAACGUAUAGAAACAAAUAAGACACGCAACUUAUCUCAAAUAAGUUAUACGUGUUCAGAAACUUCGGAUCAGACUAAAGAAAGUGAAGAAAUAAACUACGAAGAUUUUAUUAAAUUUUUAAAAUAUUCGAAAAAUUUCGAUAAGUUAUCUAUAACUAAUUCAUGGAGAAAAAGUUUAGGAAAAUCAGUAAAUGAAUUGUUUUGUCUAAAUAUCAAACAGGAUAAAUUUAUGAAGUUUGAUGAAAGUAGUGAUCAAUUAGAAAAACAUGAAAUAAAAAUAAGCAAUCAUUUUAUUAACUAUGAAGAAUUAUUAAAUGUGAAUAAUUAUCAUUCAAACAACAGAAAAUUUUCAAUUGAGAAACAUGCAGCCUCUAUAAUAUCUGAACCAGAAUUUGAAUCAGCUCUUCCCAUUUCCUCAUCUUUUCAACCACAUGAGAUAACAUUGGAUAAUCAGAUUUUAAUAAUUCAGCCUUAUAAAGGCAAUAUCAUAAAAGAAGUAAACAAAAAUGUUUCAGCAACGGAUGCGCCUUCAAUACGAACAAAUAAAACUAAAUUGAACAAAUCUUCAUUUAAUAAUAAACUAAUCGAGAAUCCAACGAAGAAAUUUGAGUUAAUGUCAGAAACCGGAUUUUAUCAUCAUAUUACAGAUUUAAAAGACUCAGAAACUAAAAAUGUAGAAAUGGCUCUAAAAGUGACAGAAUAUUCACCAAAAGUGAAAGAAGAGUCAUUGGUGAUUUCAAAUCCUCCCGAAUUGAUGCAAUCAAAUACAAAAAUUUUGGAAGAGCCAUUGAGAAUAAUAUUAAAAUCGAUUAUUUUUGUACCUCCCGUAUCGCGUCAUCCGUAUCAAAAUUUUUUUAUUGAAGAAAUUACUCAACACCUUCUUCCUACAGUCAAAGUGAAUUCUUCAAGUGUAAUAGAGCCUUCAGCGCAUAAUCAUAUGAUCAUAGUUUCAUCGGAGUGCUCUCCUGCAUCUCUAACUAUAUCUUUGGUUUGUUGUAUAAGACCGAAAGAGAUCAUUCAUAUAUUUUCACAAGCUAGACAGAAGUUCGAGACAUCUCAAAAUGAUAGAAAUUUAUUUUCGUUUCGCCACAGUUCUAGAACUCUUCCUCCGUUGACACAUUUUUCAACUUUAGUUCGAACUGAUCCAAAUAGUAUUAGACUACUUUCGUCAACGUCUAAUAAUCAACUUUUAUCGAGUUGUAAAUCUGGCGCCUCAAUAAAUAAACAAUCACCAAAACAAAAGGUUCACGAAGAGAAAACUUCUGAAUUAAAAAUCGAUGUAAUUUCGUUUUACGAUCAGACAGAAGAAAGAUUCGUGAAGGAUUCUUCCAUCUUUAACGAAAAAGAGAAGAGAGAAAAUAAAAACCAGGAUUCGAGAGAGCCUAAUCGACAUAAACGAGCGUAUAUGAUUUUAGAGAAGCCAAAGAAACACAUUAGAAAAUCUUCUCAAGUUAUUUCUGAAAUUUUUACAAAAAAUUCAAUCCAGGAAAUCCCAAGAGAAGAAACUUCAAGGAUUUCUAUUUCAAUAGAUGAAAUGAACAAUUAUUCAUCAAAAUCUAUCGAAAUUUAUAAAAAGUCAUCUGAAGAAAGUAGCAAAUGGAAUAAAAUAAAAGCUAAGUAUCAAGGAUAUAAAAAAGUAUUUGCAGAACGAAAGAAACACAAAAACGUGCAAAAAAGAAAAUCAAAUAAUAAAAUAUCUUCUGAAAGAAUUUCGAAAAUCUUCCAUAAACCAAUCUUUGAACAUCUACUAUUCAAAAUUUUUUAAUUACA